UCCUCCUCCUCCUCCUCCCCUCCCCUCCCCCCCCUCGCGCGGCUCCUCCCGAGAAUUCCCGAGGAUCCCGGGACGGGAUCGGGAUCGGGAUCGGGAUCGGGACAGGACCCCUGGGAUGAGGCUCCGGCUGCUGCUGCUGCUGCUGCUCCAGGCCGCAGGUGCUCGGGUGCCCAGGUGGGUGCUGGAGGGACACACCUGUGCCCCGCCCUGGCAGGCCGCGCUGUUCCAGGGCCGGCGCUUCGUCUGCGGGGGGACCCUGGUGGCGCCCAGGUGGGUCCUGACGGCCGCGCACUGCCACGCCCCCGGCCCCAUCACCGUCCGCCUGGGCGGCCGCGGUCGCCACCAGGUGCGCCCAGGUGAGCCCCCGCUGGACGCGGCGCCGCCAGGUGAGGCCUCACCUGCGCCAGGUGAGCAGCGGCGGCGCUCGGAGCGCAGCUUCCGCUUCCCCGGCUACAACGAGAGCUCCAAGGACGGCGACCUGAUGCUGCUGCGGCUGCGCGCGCCCGCGCACCUGAGCGCGCAGGUGAGGCCGCUGCCGCUGGCGCGCACCUGCGCCGCGCCCGGGACCGCCUGCCAGAUCUCGGGGUGGGGCUCCACCACCAGCCCCGAAGUGACGUUCCCGCAGGACCUGCACUGCAGCCAGGUGAGGAUCAUACCUGAGCUCACCUGUCAGCGAAUGUACCCCAACUCCAUCACCCCCAACAUGGUGUGCGCCGGGGAGCCGCGGAGCCGCGCCGACACCUGCCAGGGCGACUCCGGGGGUCCCCUGAUGUGCGAGGGGCGGCUCCAGGGCGUGACCUCGUGGGGGCCGGGGGUGUGCGGGGACCCGCGCAAGCCGGGCGUGUACGUGCGGCUGUGCCGCUACCGCCGCUGGCUGCGCCGCACCAUGGCGAGGAACUGAGCCAAGAUCCGGGAGUCUGGACGGGAAAACACCGGGGGCAAUAAAGAUGGGUCGUUCUGGAGUGGUGGUGUGUGGAAAGUUAAAAAUUUCUUAAAUUUUAUCACAAAAAUCCUAAAAUUUCAUCACUAAAAUCCCAAAAAUUCAGC